AUGCCCCUGGGCGAACACCUAGGGCCUCCCACACGGGCGCGCAUGUGUGCAGCCGUGACGUCAGCCGACAACCUGUCGCCCGCGCCGUGGCCGACCCCCGCGGCACCUCGUUUUAUUAAGGCGCGUUUUUUGUGCGGGCACACGUGCUGGCCAUACCUCGCCCGCGUCUUGUCGAACACGUUAUUGUUCGCUUAUUGCACGCCACAGAUAACUGACGCUAUACGAGGCGUCAAACCAACUAGCGUUCUCACACUGGCCUUGCUAGUACUGAAGGCAACAGCUGAAGGCACUGCCUGGUCCUACCACAGUAGGGUCCUCAAGUUCAAGAGUAUGUCCUAUCCUGUUCAGUACUACAGCAAGGAAAUUUCUAGAGCGUUUACCAUCGACGGCUGCAUUGCUUAUCACUAUCAUAUGCCCAUGCAAAAUGCCACCGUACACGCUUUCUGGUUUCUCUUCGCAUUGUAUUCGCCCGCCGCAUCGGGGGCUUUCAAGCUGGGUAGCACCGUUCCUUGUCAGGGACCGGGAGAGCGGGGCUCAAACCACACAACGGCCCCAGCCCGCCGGGACGCGAUCUGCAAGAAACCGGAAAAU